GUAAAUGUAGACAGAAAACAGAGGCGGUUUAUUGUCAGCGUUGGAAUACAACACAGCUCAGGGCUCGCACAACUAACUCAUUCUUUGUGGUAAUUUGUGAUGGAUAAUGAGGAUGGUGUCUUUUAUCGGCAGCUGCCAAAAGUGGAGCUUCACGCUCACCUCAACGGCUCUGUCAGCCCCGAGACCAUCGAGAAACUCAUCUGCCGAAAACCACAUCUCAACAUUAAACAAAGCAUGACUGCUAUCGGCAAAAACCAGGAGAGGACACUGGAGGAGUGUUUUCAGGUCUUCAAGGUCAUCCAUCAGCUGGUGGACACGGAGGAGGACAUCCUGAUGGUGGCCACAGAUGUAAUCAGGGAGUUUGCGGCUGAUUCUGUCAAAUACUUGGAGCUCAGAAGUACACCAAGGGAGGUGAAAGCCACAGGAUUGACUAGUAGGAGAUACAUUGAAACGGUCAUCAGAGCAAUCCAGCUGUGUAAAAAUGAAGGAUUGGACAUUGAUGUCAGGUUUCUGGUGGCGAUUGACCGCAGGAAUGGGGCAAAUGUUGCCAUGGAGACAGUGGACCUAGCUGAAGAGUUCCUGCUGUCCUCUGAUGGUUUGGUGGUGGGACUUGACCUGAGUGGAGAUCCAACGGUGGGCAGUGCAAAGGCUCUACUUCCAGCUCUAGAGAAGGCCAAGAAAUGUGGACUUAAGUUGUCACUGCAUCUCUCAGAAGUACCGUCCCAGCUGGAGGAGUCAAAUUUGCUGUUGAAUCUUCCUCCAGACAGGAUCGGCCAUGGCACUUUCUUGCAUCCUGAAGUGGGUGGAUCUCAAAGUCUGGUUGACAAAGUGCUGAAGAACAAUAUACCACUGGAACUAUGCCUGACAUCAAAUAUCAAAGGAAAAACUGUGCCAUGUUACUCCAAACAUCACUUCAAAUACUGGUACCAGCUGGGACAUCCAAGCGUGAUUUGUACUGACGAUAAGGGGGUGUUCUGUACAAACUUGUCUCGGGAAUAUCAGCUGGCAGCUUCCACGUUUGGUCUAAGUCAUGAAGCCGUAUGGACACUCUCCCAGCAGGCCAUAGACUGUAUCUUCGCACCAGACACCGUGAAACAGGAGCUCAAUCAGAAGUGGAUUGAUUUAAAGCCUCAGGUGUUCGGUGAAGCCUAAAGCAAGUCAUAUACCUCAGCUUUCAGUUUUAAAACUUUUUACAAGUUUUUGUAGAAAUCAUGACAUUAACUAAAAAGGGCCUCUGAAACUACAGUUAACAAAUGUUUGACAUAAGUGAAAGUAAAUGGUACUUAUUUAG